GUUCUUAAGCGGCGGACAUGAGAACAAGGCUGGAGGGAGAGGCAGAGGGAGAGAGAUGCUACACCUGUGCAUGCUCACCUGAGGAGAAGAAGAAGAUUUAGAAGAGCUGCAACCAAAAAGGACAGAGUUCAUCAUGAUGGUGGGACACCUCCUUAUGUGAGAGAAUCUCCUUCAGGCCGGCAGCUCGUCAUCCCCAAGGCCCUUCCUCCAGUCUCUGUUGGUGCCAUGGCUGAAUCAAGCUGGUGGAAGCUGACCUUCUCACGCAAGAAGAAAUCUGAACCCAAGGUUUUGUAUGAAAUCCCAGCAGAGCAUGGAAGCAACAAUGAGAACAAAGACCAAGCAGGCAUCUCUUCAGACAAUAUGGACAGCCAGUUCAAUGCCAGGCUGGAGAAGAUUGUGGAUAAAUCUGCCACCAAGGGCCGCCACGUCAAAGUAUCCCACUCUGGUCGCUUCAAAGAGAAAAAGAAAGUCCGAUCCACGCUGUCGGAGAACCCAAGUCUGUUUGCAGAGCACCACCUCAGUAACGAGAACCAUAAAAAGAAGACGGAAAAAUAGCAAAAUACACAUACUUGAUCAUAAAAGUGUCAUAAAGCGCUCUGGCAUUCACAAAGUCUUUGACUGGGCCUCAAAGACACACCAGCUUUUGUCACGGUGUACCACACCUAAGUGGUUACAGUAACUGAAACAAACGAGUGGUAUCUUAAACCCAAUCUUAAUAUAUUCACAAACCAAAUCAAGGACUGGUUCUGGAAACACCUUUCACCUGAAUGCUGAAUUCUAAAACUAAAUGUCCUAAUAUUCUCAAGCAUUUUUUACGUUUGCACUGGAGUUGUUGUUUUUUUCUCUCUAAAAAAAUUAAGGACUGAAAUGAAGUAGUUUAAGCUUAACCUCCUUUGUGUUGUGUACCAGUUAUAGAUUAUCAUUAUUAAGGACCUGUUUUCAAAAGAUAAAGUCAAUUUUGUUUGAAUUUUAUAGGGAAACUUCGCAAAUCUAAAAUCUGAAAAGUCUGAAAAAGUGUUGUACACUUCUCAGUACAUUAACUGGAAUCAAAUAUUGGUUUCUAAAUGUUAAAAACUACCCCCCCCCCCAAAAAAAACAAAAAAAUCCCUGAACAAAAUUAAAGAAAAAGCCUUCAUCACAUUAGACAUGAAUUUUUGAAUGACUUAUUGCCUUUUGAAGGGUUCUUUUGUACAUUUUUACAGUGCUGGGAAAUAGUUAUUUAAUGUAUUUUCUAUGAAUCAAGCACAAGUUUAAUUAAUUUUGUAAAUGAAUCUUGUAAAGAUUUUUGUGGGGUUAACAAUUAAUUAUUACUUAAAAUAAAUUGUUUCAACAUU